AUGUCGUUUGUGUCUGUCAAAGUGUGUAGUUGCAAAUACUUGUGUACUCCAAUUGCCUUAUUUUUCUCACAAAAUUAAUCAAAAUUAAUAGACAUGACUUAUGAUUUAGAUCAAAUAGAGCUUUAUAGCAAUGCUUUCGCUUUUAGUUAAAAGUAUGAGUAUUAUUUAGAUAUAUUUUCGGAUAGAAAGUGUCCAUAAAAGUAGGCUAUUUUUAAACAGAAAUACAGUGAUAUCAGGACUUAGUACAAUGUAUUCAAAACGGAACUCUGUCUUUAGAGACAUUUACAAUAGGCAGUAUGAUUAUAAAUUGAGUACAUUAUUUAGGUCAACAAAAGAUGAUGAGAACUUUGUUCAAAGAUUGGGACUGAUAAAAAAGCUUCAGAUCCAUAUGGGAUGUGUCAACACAAUAUGUUGGAAUGAUUCUGGAGAAUACUUACUGUCAGGUUCAGACGAUCAACAUUUAGUGAUUACACAUGGACAUAAGUACAACGUUGUCGCAGAUUACUACACCAGUCAUCAUGCAAAUAUCUUCAGUGCAAAGUUUCUUCCUUGUACUAACGAUCGCCAGAUUAUUUCCUGUUCAGGAGAUGGGCUUAUUAUACAUACAGACUUGAAUCGUGCCCAAGAAAGUUCUGAUGCUCAAUUUAAUUGUCAUGCUGGUACAACAACAUACGAAGUCAUCACUGUUCCCAAUGAGCCAUACUCAUUUUUAAGUUGUGGGGAAGACGGUAGUGUACGGUAUUUUGAUUUAAGGGUGAAAAGUAGUUGCCACAAGGCACGUUGCAGAGACGACAUACUAAUUUCUUGUCAAAGGGCCGUAACAGCCUUAGCCCUUAGUCCCAUAUCUUCAGACCAUUUAGCCAUUGGUUGUGCAGACUCAUCGGUGCGAGUAUAUGACAGAAGAUAUCUACGAAGAGGAGAUCAACUACUGGCCCAACCUUUCUGUACAUUUGUGGCGCCACACUUUGAGAACGAAAGACACUACAGAAUAACAUCUCUCAGCUAUAGUAGAGAUGGGCAAGACAUGCUCGUUAGUUACUCCUCUAACUACCUCUACUUAUUUAAUGUUUUGAAUAAUAGCGCAGUACAGCUUAGGAAACCGAUUAAAAAACCAUCACCAUGGGAUAAAAUCAAAGCUGUAACAGGAAAAAGAGAGAGAAUAUCAUCCCCGAUACCCGUGAGAAGGUUGCGAUUGAGAGGGGAUUGGUCAGAUACAGGUCCAGACGCUCGACCUGAGAGGGACAAUAGCUCUUCAUCUGCAAGUAUUGGUCAAGCUAGACCUCAGCUCCAAGCUACUUUAAUGCAACGCAUGACUGAUGUACUCUCACGGAUGUUGAAUGAUCCGAUGACCAGGGCAGCACUCAGCGCCGGUGGUGAAGAUUCAGUUGACGCUGACGAAAAUGCGCCGAGACAUUUGGAGAGCAGGAAUCAGAAUGCGGAAGAGGGGAGUAGUAUGGAGACUGACCAAGAGCAAAGCAGUUCUGAUAGACCUCCCGCACAAGAUUGCCAGCCAAAUCCAGAUGGUCCUCGUGCUGGAAUCACUAGUCACCUUCAUACCCACUUGAUCGCGCUAAGAGAUCUUAGAGAAGGUUUCAUAAAUCAGCAUGGUGCGGAACCGUCUGUAAGCUUUAGAUAUUCUCAACAGAGCACCUCAAACUCAACGAUAAGCCUUCGUGUCAAUAAUAGAAGCUUUUUCGAGGAAAAUCCUCCAACAGCCUCUACAGUGCCUUCAACUUCAGAGCGUGGUCGCAGAGACAGGACUGAAAGGAGAGAAGAAACGAAUGCUGAAGUCGAUUUAGACUACGAAGAUGAAGAAGAAGCUGUACCUGACGCUCUCGGAGGAGGUGGUGGAAAAGUUAACGAAGAGGAGGACGAUAAACAACACGUGUUCGAGGCUGAAAUGAAAAUGAAGUAUAUGGGACACAGAAACUCAAGAACAAUGAUAAAGGAAGCAACGUUUUGGGGAGAUGAUUAUGUGAUGUCAGGAUCAGAUUGCGGCCAUGUCUUCAUUUGGAAUCGUCAUACCGCCGAAUUGAAAAUGCUGUUACAGGCAGACCAACAUGUAGUGAAUUGCCUGCAGCCUCAUCCUACACUGCCUUUGCUUGCCACCAGUGGAAUCGACCAUGAUGUAAAAUUGUGGGCUCCCAUCCUGGAAGAGUCUUCAUUCGACGAAAGAGUUGCUAGUGAGUUGAUAAAUAGAAACGCAAUAAUGUUGGAAGAAACUAGGGAUACGAUAACUGUUCCUGCGUCUUUCAUGAUCCGGAUGCUGGCUUGUCUGAAUCAGAUUCGUAGAGGAGCUAGAAAUAGAACAACUACAAGAAGAACAGAGGGUGAGCCGGAAGAGUCAUAAUGAAUUCUUUAUGGUCGACAUUCUGUUAAACUAGUGAAUUUUUGCGGAAUCCUUAUUUUGCCAUCCUAUAUUUAUAAAUGUUUGUAAUAAAAGAGGGUGUCUCGUUUUUGUAAAUGUUAUUAAAAGUAAAAAAUGGAGUGCAGUUUAUUGCUAGUGUUUGAUAUAUGAAAAUAGAUUUAAAAACGAGAGUUUUUCUAAUUUAUUUUAAAUCACAUAUAAAAACUGAUAAGAGUACAUUGAAAAAGGUUAUGUUGCAAUACUGGGAGGUCUUCUAAGUCACUAUCCAAAAGUAAUUAUAAUACUUAACAAAUAAUUCCCACAGUAGUCUAAACUCUUCCUUUCACAUACGUUUACACUAUAACUAUAACCUGUUUUUUUACAAAAUAUAUAAAAUUAAAAAAGGAGAAGGAAAAUUUAAUACAAUUUUUACGGUUGUGUAUUAGUAUGAUGUAAUUGGACCCAAACCCUCUCACAUCCAAAGUAAAUGUUAACCUUCAACACCAAAUUGGUCUAUGUGGUCCAUUUAUAGUUCAGUAAAAAAUUAGUUUUUUACGUUUAUCGCAAAUAUUUCGAAAACAUGUAGUGUGAACAGGGUUGUAUACAAAAAUGUUCUACGUUAAAUUUAAAACAAGAAAGGUCUGAUGCAUAAUUGUUCUAAAAUCAACGUUACCGUAGUUAUGGACGGUGUAAAAGUGGAGGUUUUCCAUAUUUUUUUUUUGGUUAAAUUAUAAUGUUACUGAGGAAACAUAAUUUCUUUUAACAUGAUUGUGUUUUGUAAAUGUAAUUUGCUAUUUCAGUGGCCGGGGGUAUGUUAGUGAUAAGCCCUUGAAGGAACGUCAACCUCACCACCUUCUCAAGGAGCGGUAUUUUUUAAAAAAAUAAUUUUAAAUACCCAAAAUAUUUCUUACAUAAUGAUGAUGGUUAUAAUGCAAUGAAUUUCAAGUAAACUUAUUCAUCAGUUCAAGUAAACUUAUUCAGUUAGUUUUAGUCUCUUUCCAAUACAACAUCCUUCUCUUCUAUAUCUUCGUCUAUGAUGGUUGUGACCCUAUUAACACACCUAAGCCUGAUCAAUUGCUGCAUAUCCUUGAGCAGUUUAGACCACUCUUUCUACGGAUGCAUUACCACUCUUUCUACACACAGUUAUGGAUGCAUUCGUCUUUGCAAGUACACUCAAGCGGAUUCUUCUCAUUCAGCCACUGCUGUACCUGGUGGUAGGUUCUGAACGAAUGCUGGCUUUAAGCUCCUGAAGUGGGGGUAGUGCAGCUAACUUGAGCAAAGAAAUGUAUAGGCUGCUUUGCAAUAGUCUUCAAGUAAGAUUGGUAGCGAAAACAAUCUUGAUUUUCCAUGUUCCUGGCAUCAAACAUCGCAAGAAGGGUAUGCUUUCCGGCGUCAGCUACUGCACUGGGGUCAGCUUUGGGGUCGUUGAAGACUAGAAGUUUUCUACGAAGAGCGUCGUUGGCCAACACUUUCCUUUACGGUGUAAUAUUCCUCUUCUUGUAGAUAGCUGAUACCGUGUCACAUCCUAUAAAGGCGUAUAUUGCAAGGAUUACAUCCUUCGUCAGCGUGUAGACUUUUUCCUGCUGAUUGCCUUUCUUUGGUCCACCAUUUUCAAUUUCUUCUCUGAUGGUGCGUGGACAGUCAACACAACUAGUAGGUCCCUGUCAUCACCAAUAAUACAAGAUUCAACGUAUUUCUUAGCUUCAUAAAUACAGUGGAACCUCGAUAACUCGGAUUAAUCGGGACCACGGCCGAUCCGGGUUAUCAAAAUUCGGGUUAGCCGGAGAGUAUUAUGGUAAAAAUUAAUAAAACACGGUAUACUUACAGAUAAACUCCGUUAUAAUUGAAAUACGACUGUACUACACACAAUAUGGUCACAAUUGGAACGAUGUUAUGUUAUUUAAGAACAGUGGAGACUAAGACCAUUGUUUAAAAAAGAAUUUUUUAAAUAGUCUGUGUUAAACAAUGCUAAGACAAUUUGAAAUAAAUAAAGGAAUAACAGGUGUCUGUUGUUUCCGAUAAUCCGAGAAAAUGAACGUCGUUCUGCCGCCGUGUGCCAUGAGGCAUUUUUACUAUCGUAUAGUUCAAAUUACACAAAUACCCAUUAUCUCUCAAAUAUUAUUUUACAUACAUUUUUAUUGUUGAAAUGUUUGUCUGAUGAAAAUCGGUCCGGAUUAGCCGGACUUCCGGGUUAUCAGGGGCCGACUUAUCGGGGUUCCACUGUAGCUGUUAAAACUAUUAAUAAGUCAGCGUUACCCGAUGCUUGGUGAACUGUGCAACCACAUCUUUGCAAGUGCACCGUAAGAAGUGAAAUAAUCCCCACCAUGGUCACGCACGGAGCGAAUAGAACAAUUUGGUGUUGGAACAAAACUUUUACUUUGGAUGUCUGGGGUAGGCCUUUUUGAACCAAUUGUAUCAUACUUUAUUUACUAUAUUUAAUAUCUUUAAUUAUCAGACAUGCCAAAUUUCAAAAUGUGACCUGUCUCUCGUCACAUCUUGAACUUUAGGAGUUUGGAACAGUAUUAUUAUGGAAAAUGCUUAUAUAUCUUCGUAUUUUGUUUGUAUAUUUCUUUUAUAGCUUAAAUGCAGAUUGCUACCCAUUACAGAUAUUUAAAAAAUUUAGGAUGGCAUUUAUGUAUCGAUUUGAGAAACAUAAAGGUGUAUUAAACGGACUAAAUUGUGUAAUCUUUUGUAAAUGAAUAUAAAUGGAGAUACAUAUAUUUUAACAAAAGUAAACUAUAAGAUAAUUAUUAAUUCGAUUAAAAUUUGUAUAAAUGAUGUAUUGUUUACGUCUACAAAAGGUUAGACAUUAGUUCUGUAUUUUGAUUUAGUUUAGACUGUAUAUAAAUAUUGAAUGAAAAUAUUGUGGAUUGUUUUCUUAGUGUAAAGGAUGUACUGAUCGAUAACAACAUUAAAGAUUUCGGGUGCAUUAUUAUUUUUUCGAGAUGCCUCAUUUAUAAUUGGACAUAGAUCACUGCUCAAAUUUUGAGACCAAAAUUUGCUAAAAUUAUAAGAUCAAAAUUGAACCACUUUCACUUGCUUGCUAUUAUUUCUAUGAUUAACAGAAAUUAGCUAUAAACAGUAUAUAAAUAGAAAAUUUGUGGUAUAUUUUUCUCCCUAUACAUUAAGCUAUAAUGGCUAAUAAUAUUGUCGCCGCUGUCUUUUUCAAAUUUGAAAAUAAUGUUGAUUUUAAGUUAACUUGGUUCUGUAGCCGUAAUAAAAUAUUUUAAAAACGUAUUUAAUAUACAUGUACAAUGAUAUAACCACAACAACCAACAUGUCCAAUAUGUACAAUGUACAAUAUUUUUUCAUGUAGACGAAUAAAUCUACGUCAACUUUUCACAAUUAAGGCUGAUUUAGGGGGGACGGGCUGAGAUGUUAGGGCGGGACGUGUAUGACACGGGCCGUGGAACACCCGGCUCCGCACGGGGCUUUGAUUUAUGCUAUGACGAGCCGCUUCUGGCUUCUGCACGGUUUUUUUAAUUGGUUUUAUUUGCGAGUGCCUUGAGUGCAUUUAAAAAAUGAAUUUUACAAAAAUGGAAUUACUAGCUAUAGAUUUAGCUUUCGAUGAAGAUGAAAGAAGGAAAAGGCGGUGGGCAGUCCACCCAGCAUGAAUAUCAUAAAUAGCUGGGUACUUCCUCACGCAGUCAAUUAAAUGCUUGUCAUUCAUUGUAGAAUGUAACUAUACUAUAAUAAAAUAUAAACACACCAACAAGCCGGACUAGUCAAAAAUAAUUAAAAUACAAUAGUUCCAGUGAAUAGUACGUUGCGACCGCUGACAAGUAGUUUAUGUUAAGUACGGGAAAAGAAUCUUCAUCCUCGGGACGAGCCCGGCAUGUAGACGGCGCCCAUUCCGUUUGUCGCCCCGUCCUGUUGUACUAUAAAUUACCCAAUUUCUUUCAUAUCACACGAUUCUUCAAUGUGUCCCGCAGGAGAGCCGUUUCGUACGCGGUCCGUUCUAACAUAAAUCAGCCUUUAUUAUAUUUGAUGGUAGAAUAUUGUUAUCCUUGUGUCUGUUCACGUGAAGUAACUAUUAAUUAGUAUUUCACGGCAUUUUAAAGUAUCAUAUGUUCAAGUAAUUAAUCUAAUAUUUACAAUGACUUUCCUGAGUAGAAGUAAUGCUGCUAGAAGUAAUGCAAAUGAAAGGAAUAAAUUUGUUAUUUUGUAAGCUGGUAAGCUGAAUUCAAGAAAAAAUCCCGAAACAGGUCGAUUUUUAUUUUUAAAUUGUGAUUUUGCGGCAUAUAUAUCAUACUAGUGACGUCAUCCGUCUGGGCAUGAUGACGUAAUAGAUGAUUUUUUUUAAAUUAGAAUAGGAGUCGUGCACAUUUGGAGGUUAUUCAGUUCACUCUAUUCAGUAAUAUGCACAUUAUUAUACACAUUAUGAACAUUUGUGUACAAAUAAUGUAGUCUUAGAAAAAAGAACACCUAGUAAUAUUGAAUUUAUUACAAUAACUUUUUGUGUAUGUGUCUCUUAGGAUUAGAUAAGAAAUUGAUCAACAUUUCAAAAAAUCAAACUUUUGGAAAAAUGUCAAAAAUUAAAAAUAUGUUGGACCUCCACAAUGUCUUCUGCACUCACAAAUACGUUUGGCCUAGAAGUAUGGGAAGUAUGAGAUGAUGGCCUUUCUCUUGAGGUAUAUCAUCCCAAGCUACUUGAACUUCGUGCCGAAGUGCCCUUACAAUCGAUAGAAGAUGCAGUAAACGAAGUUAUUUUUUCACAUAAUGUCCCAGACGUGUUUAACGGGUGAAAGAUUAGGAAAUUUAGGGGACAGAGGCAAAGACCGACUUGACUUUCUUUAAAAUGGGCCAAUAUAAUUCUGACAGUAUGCGGUAGCGCAUUAUCUUCUUGUAAAAGUGGGUUGGGGCAUCUCUUUACUUUGUUCGGGAUACAAAAUAUUCACAAACAUCCUUAAUCGAAGACUUCAACCUCUCACGGAAAAAAUCAUCGGGGAAUAUCAAGCAGGGUUUAGGCAAAAUAGAUCUAUCAUUGACCAACUAUUUACAGUUAAACAUAGGAAUAUGACAUGGACGUUUACAAUCUCUUUGUAGAUUUUAAACAAGCCUAUGAUUCAAUAGAUAGAACAAUUCUACCUAAUAUAUUGGAAGAAUUUGGCAUACCAUCAAAAUUAAUACGACUAGUGCAAUGACAAUGACAGAAACAGAAGCACAAAUAUGUAUUCAAGGACAGAUCACUGAUGCGUUUACAACGCAAGGACUGAAACAAGGCGAAGGACUGGCUCCAACGCUUUUUAAUCUUGUUCUUGAAUAUGUAAUUAGACGGUUGACGGUGAGUGGAAAUAACAUACUUACAAACAAAUCUACCCAAUUAGCAGCAUACGCGGAUGAUAUAAACAUAAUGAGCAGAACAAUGAAUGCAGCGGAAGAAACCUACGUUGAGUUGAAACAGAGUGCAGAAGCAGUAGGGCUAGCAAUAAACACAAAUAAAACAAAACUACUCAUACAGAGCAGAUCCAAUAGACCGGCACAACAACACUUUAUUGACGAUAUAGAACAUGUGAAUAGAUUCACGUACCUAGGAAUGGAUCUGGUUGCAAGCAAUGAAGAAGAACCGGAAAUAAAUAGAAGGCUUGUGCUGGCAAAUAAAGCCUAUUUCGCGAUGGGCCACAUAAUUCAAAUCGCGAGACGUACACCGGAAAACAAAACUUCGGGUAUAUAAAACAAUAAUCAGGCCCAUAGUAAGUUAUGGCUGCGAAACAUGGGUGGUGACACAGAAAUCUGCCAAUGCAUUAGAUGUGUUUGAAAGAAAAGUAUUACGUAGGAUACUGGGCCCAAUAAGUGAAAAUAACAACUGGCGAAUUAGGUAUAAUAGAGAAAUAUACGAGCAAUAUAGCGAACCAACUCUAGCACAACACUAAUUAAACUGCAGAGAUUACGGUGGGCAGGGCACGUGGUCCGCAUGCAUGAGAAUAGAAUCCCCAGAAAAUUGCUGAAUGCAAGAAUGCAGGGAAGAAGACCUGUUGGAAGACCUAAAAAGAGAUGGGAAGACGAAGUCGAUGAGGAUGCCAGGAACUUCCUGGGAACGCGUUCAUGGAAAAGAACAGCGGUAAAUCGAAAUGAUUGGAGAAGCUUAUUGAAGGAGGCCAAGGCUUGAUUUGGGCUGUAGUGCCAUUGGAUGGAUGGAUGCAAAAGUGGGUUGGGGAGCAUCCGUAUACAAAGCAGAAUAUGUAGAUCCACCACCUCCUGGAUCCUUUGUAUUAUAAUUUAUUAUUAUAACUGAAUAUGUCUUACCAUUGGUGAAAAUAUAGUUUAAAAAUAUCAUUCUCGAAUCAUUAAUCUUUAAACAUUUUAAGCAUUUUUGAGUUUUAAAAUUUUAAGAAUUUUCGUCUAAAAAUGUAAGAGCAGCUAACUGCUACUUUAUUCCUUUUAAGAUUUAAUCUUUUAUUCUGUAAAUGUACGGUGUUUAUGGUUUAGAAAGCCAAUGUUUUGGCAAGUUUGCCAAGAUUGGCAUACUCUGUAUGUAAGUAUAGCUCACCGAUUGUAACGGACUUCUAUAAAGUUGAGUAUACACUACAAUAGUAUUAAACUUAGCAGAUAUACAAUUUAAAAAUUCCCAAUUAAAUGAAUUUGCUGUAGUCGGCUGUAUACCAUAAAUCGUAAAGUUAAAAUUUAUUAAAAAAAUCCUUUAUGAAAGGUAUAUUUAUUAAAAGAACCCCUACGAGCUACAUUGUUUUCGGAAUGACAAUUCCAUCUUCAGUUCUGCGAAGAGUUGUUAUUCAUAAAUAUACCUUGUAUAAAGGAAUCUUUCAAUAAAAAUUUUAAUAAAGACACAAAAUUUCUCCCACCGACCACGUUAGAAUCGGUCAGCUGUAGUUUUUGCAAUUUAUUUCAUAUCGAUUAAUUUUUUUUUCGAUACGAUUAUGGACACCGACCAUCGAUUGUGAGUGAUUUAACUAGAAGGAAUAAUGUGGCACAUAAUAUGUACAUAAAAAUAAGUAUUUACAUAAACUGUAUAGUAUUAGGGUAGAUUUUUAUAGCAACCAUACUAAAUAGGUUCUUCAGAAUUUUCUUCUCUACUUUUAAGCUAACUUUGCUUUCCUCAUUUGGUCUCGUUUUUACAGUAUAGUGAAUGGUAAUCGGUUUUCAGUUUAAAAGAAUUUGAUCCCAUCCUGAUAUUUUUUAUUCCGAUUUCUAUUUUUUCCUUCAGCAUUUCUGCUGUCUUUUUGGCUAUUCAGUUUUUGAUAUUCAGUCUUACUUCGCUUUCUAGUAUAUCCGGUUCAUCUUCUAUUUCUUGUAAGUUAAUGUAUAUUUCAGAUUUUGGUCGUCUUAUAGAUCCUAGCAGUAUGAUCUCCACGUCUUUGCUAUAUCCUCUUUAUUUGUUUUCAAAAUUCCCUUGUGGUCUUCGACAGCUCAAGUUCUGGCCUUAAAAUCCCGUGUUGUACAGGGUGUCCCGAAAAGAUUGGUCAUAACGUAUACCACAGAUUCUGGGGUCAAAAAUAGGUUGAUUUAACCUAACUUACCUUAAUACAAAUGUGCAGAUAUAAAAAGUUACAGCCCUUUGAAGUUACAAAAUGAAAAUCAAUUUUUUCCAAUAUAUCGAAAAAUAUUAGAGAUUUUUUAUUGAAAAUGGACAUGCGGCAUUCUUAUGGCAGGAACAUCUUAAAAAAAUUGUAGUGAAAUUUGUGCACCCCAUAAAAAUUUUAUGGGGUUUUGUUCCCUUAAACCCCCCCAAAUUUUUGUGUACGUUCCAAUUAAAUUAUUAUUGUGCUACCAUUAGUUAAACACAAUGUUUUUAAAACUUUUUUGCCUCUAGUACUUUCUCGAAAAGCCAGUUUUUAUCGAGAUAUUUUGAAUGUAUGACAAAUCCACCACAUAUUUGUAUAUGGUUAAGUAGGUACGAUUAUAGAGACCUGGUAAUAAUAUGAAAAUUUAUUUAUAAUUUAUAUUUUUAGGUAUAUUUUGAACCAUAUUAAACAAGAAGCCAAAUCUCGAUAAAAGAUGCCUUAUCGAAAAAAUACUAAGAGGCAGAAAAGUUUUAAAAACACUGUGUUUAACUAAUGGUACCGCAGUAAUAGUUUAAUUGGAACGUACUCAAGCAUUUGGUGGGUUUAAAGGAACGAAACCCCCAUAAAAUUUGUAUGUAGACAUAUUAAAAAAGAAGCCGCAUCUCGAUAAAAACUGGCUUAUCGAAAAGAUACUAAGAGGCAAAACAGUUUUAAAAAUAUUGUGUUUAGCUAAUGGUACCACAACAAUAAUUAAUUGGAACGUACACAAAAGUUUGGGGGGGGGGGUUAAGGGAACAAAACCCAUUUCACUGUUGCUUUUUUAAGAUGUUCCUGCCAUAAGAAUGCCAGAUGUCCAUUUUGAGUAAAAAAAUCUGUAAGAGUUUUCGAUAUGUGAAAAAAAACCGAUUUUCAUUUUGUAAUUUCAAACGGCUGUAACUUUUUUUGUGUGCACUAUUGUAUAUCACACCGCUUGUAUUAGUCCAAUGAUAAGCCGGUCCAGGAUCAUUUCCUAUUCUCCUUAACUUGGCACUGAUGGUCGCCGCUGCCCUCGGCCAGGAAUGUUUAUGAGCCUUCCGGUCUGGGUGUCUGCUUAAUAUAAACUCUACGAAAAAGAAAAAAUUUACCCUAAUGUAAAAUGUAUAUUCAUACAAUAUGUAAUAUUAAUAUCUCACGUUUUGCUUAGUUUCAGAAUAAUUAAAGUAAUUACAGGGUAUAUCUUUUUUUCAUAAUACGACUGAUUGAAUAGUGGUGCAAAUCUAAUGUACAUUGUAUCAUUACUACGUUGUGUCAGAAUAACAAGGUUCUAACUGCCUCAUGUGCCAUUUUUAGUUAUGAGUGUUUAAAGUUUUUAUGUUAUAUAUUUAUUUUACUAUUGUCGCCACUUUUAUGUGUUAACAAUGUAAAUUUUUAAAAAAAUUCAUAUAUUUUUAUUAACAGUAAAAGGUUACUUCAAUAGUUAAUACAAAGGAGUUCUGAUUUGAGAAAUGAAUUAAACUUAUUUAAUCAAGUUCUAUUUUCCACACAUACCUUUGUUUAACAAUUAGUAUACAAUAAAACCACUUCUAGUUGUUUAAUAAAGUCUUAUUAUUAACUUAUAAACACUUUUAGUUCUUGCAGAUAGGACCUUGUGUACUUAGUUGACUGUUUUUUAUGUCAGUUAGAAGCUUUGUUAACUUAUCAACAUUUAAAAUUCUCUGAGAUAGAACCUUGUAACUUACGUAUUUCAGCCACCUGUUAAUAGAUGUCGGUGCUAGGAUCAUAUUAAGGUAAAGAACAUAAAAUAGAACCAAGUUACAUAAAAAUCUCAAUUUUAAAAAAUUUGCAGAUAGAACCUUGUUAUUCUAACACAACUAAGUAAAAUACUAGAUUUAUAAGCUUCUUAGUUGUUACUAGUGUAUCUGCCGUGUUCGUUUUUCUAAAAAUAUAUUUAAUGGAGUACUAAUGCCCAUCAUCAUACGGUAGUAGCUAUGAACAUUUUUCGUCAUCAUGAUCCUCAGUCCUAGGUGAACCUUUCAUCAAUUUCCGUCCAUUGGCAACCGUUGUGAACUUUUGGCGCUAAAUCUUCUCGCGUCAUCUACACCUGCACCAUUCCUCUAUUAUAGUAUUUUCCAAUCACAACUCUUAUUUCAAACAGAAAACCACAAUUGGGUUCUUCUGGGAAUAACGCUUAUUUUUUCACAACGGCCUAAUUAUUUUUAUGAAGAACCUUACAUUCUCUUUGGUCAAUACUGCCAGGAUGUGUUAUAAUAUUGCUCCUGCUUACUAGAUGUGUCCUUGGUAUAAGCUUUCAAUUUUUGCACUGUUGUUCUGACUCAACCUGUUGUCUUUACUUUAGUCAGCGAGGUCUCUUCAUUUAUUGCGAGGUCCAUAUUUUUUGUGGCAAUUGAGAAGUAGCCACACUUUUAAAUUUUUGAAGCAGUAAGUGCAGUCGGUGAAGAUUAUCAUACAAUAUCACAAUUUUCUUUUAUUAGUAACGUUUCUUCCCAUAUAAAGUUAUUAUAACUGUAUCCAUCGAAACACACAAUGAUCAUAAGGGUAUAUUUUACUAAAAAAACAUGAAACGUUGUUACCUUACUCUUUGGCGUUACUGCCCUUGUCAGUUACAGCUAAAGCAUUAUCUUGAAUCCUAUGUCUCUACUCUGACACCAAGUCGCUAGAAGUAACAUUUACGUUCAAUCCCGGACAGUAGUAAACCAAACAUAAAUGAUUUAGUGGCAAUGACAUGCAUCAUCAACAUAAAACAUAUUUAUAUAUACUUGGAUCUGUCACUUGAAUUGUUCAUCUAGCUAUAGUAAAAAAGUGGAUUAAUAUUCUAUAAAUGUAGACACGCAGUGAAAGUGUUUAAUUAAAAAUCCUAAUAUUUAUACCGGUCUAGUAUCUGUUUUUACAGUAAUUUCGCGUAUUCUUCUUUUUAAAUUCACUUUAAUUGAAAUAAAAUUUCACUAUUGAUUAUCUGCAAUCACUAUCUGUUAUAGGUAACGAAUAUUUCAAUAAUUCAUCUCUCCUUACUAGAAUUCCACUAUAUCCUACAAUUUAUCCUUAAUAGGUUACACUUGAACAACUAAUAGCUUGAAAAUCUCUGGGAUCUUUGACAUUUUUUAACAUUGCAUUUGUUUGGAGAUGUCAAAGAAGUUGGAAUGUUAUAUAAUUGUAAUUUGUGUAAUUGUUGUUACCAAUUAGUGUAAGCAACUGUGAUUUAUUAACUCAAUUUUACAUACUUUUCUUUGUAAUGUGAAAUUCAAAUAUACUUGGGAGAAUUUAAGAA